AUGGCUAAGGAGAGUAUUUCACACAUAUUUAGAAUUAAUAUUCGUGAUCAAUUCGAGAAUGCUGAUCCGUCAAAACAUUUUAUUUAUACUAGUGGACUAUUACAAGAUAUUCAAACUAAAUUUUCGGCCGUCGAACAAAGUCCAUACGAAGCAGUAGCUGCUAGUGUACCGAAUACUGACGAUGAAACAUUGCAGUGUUCUACGUUUCGCUCCUGGACUCUCGGGCUCUUAUUCGUCACCCUUAUUAGUGUUGUUAAUCAAUUUUUUUUCUUUCGCUCAAAUCCAUUGUCUAUCGGACCUGUUAUUGCACAAGUUUUAUCCCUCCCUGUCGGUAAACUGAUGGCCAAAGUUUUACCAUCGAAAUAUAUUCGCAUAUGGAAAUGGCGGUUCUCCUUGAAUCCUGGUCCAUUUAACAUGAAAGAACAUACAUUGAUCACUGUCAUGGCUAAUACGGCAGCCGGAGGACAGUAUGCAAUGAAUGUCAUCGCAGUCCAGCGACUUUUUUAUCAUGACAAGAUGACUCAUGUUAUUGCUACGUUCUUUCUUAUUUCAUCUCAAGUUAUUGGGUUUGGCCUAGCAGGUAUGACUCUAGUAAAAAGUAGUAGUGUGGCAAUGAAAAAUUCGGUUAGACUCCCAAAUUAA